UUCCAUACAUGCCAGGCUGUAGACGUCAUAACCAAUUGCAAGAACCAACUUCCUGGUGGUAGAGUGCAGGAUCAGCGUGGGAUAAAAAUAAAAAUCUCCGUUAAGUUUGGGAUUGGAGUUGCUGUUGGCGAUCAGGAUGAUUGACGUGCGGGCGUGGGCGGAGUACCUGGUGGAAUGGGCGGCCAAGGACCCGUACGGCUUUCUGACCACUGUCAUCCUGGCGCUGACACCCCUCUUCAUCGCCAGUGCCCUGUUGUCGUGGAAACUGGCCAAGAUGAUUGAGGUGCGCGACCGCGAACAGAAGAAGAAGCAGAAACGUCAGGAGAAUAUUGCCAAGGCCAAGAGGACCAAGAAAGACUGAGCUGUGGAGGGAGAAAGAAUAGCUACAGUACACGGCUAUGCUCAACACUCUUCACUUGCAACACUGCUCCCCCUCGCCUCCUCAACCCAGUCCGGUGCAGGACCACAGACCAUCACUCCUGUCCAGUGUAGGAAGGAUUGUAGGCCCGACAUGGUGGCUGUACAGAGCUGAGAGGGAACUGUAUAGACAGAGGAGGCUCAUUUGAUUGGGCUAUCAGCAUGUAAACUGGGAUUGUCUGAUUAUGGUGGUGUUGCAGUACUUAGCAUUCCAUUUGGAACAACUCCACUCCAAUGAUUUCAUUAACUACUUUGUUUUUCUCCAUUUUAAAUGACUUAUUACAUUUCUGAAUCACUUGCUUGUUUUUAUUAAAUGAAGUUCUAAAUAAAA